UUAGUGAUCAAAGAAAUCGAAAAAUAGUUGUGUUUACAACAUCUUCGUCUCCAUCUAUUCCAUCAACAAAUAAUAAUAAUUUAUCAGAAUCGGAAGUAUUGAACCAAGCAAAAAAAAUUGAGCUUUUCAGAGAAAAUAGCUUGGCAAAAAACAAGAGAAAGCAACCAACUGAACGCGAAAAGAAUCUAACAACAGCUAUUAACGAUAAAUUUCGAUGA